AUGAACACCAGCUGCGCCAGCCAAGACAUCCUAGACCGUCUCUCAGGCUUCAAUCUAAAACUGUCUCAAGCCAUCGACCUGCUAGCCAUAUCCCUCACCUUCUUCGCCACCUACUCGGCCAUCAAAGUGAUCUCAACCCAAUCGAUAUUCCAAGUCUCCACCAAAAUCCUCGUCUUCCAAAUUUUGAUCUACGCCAACUUGCAUCAAGUGUCCUACGGUAUCGAGGCGAUCGGGUUACUGUAUCGCAGUCUUUUUAUGCUGGCGGAUCCUUGUAACCUGUUACAAUCAGAUACUCAUUGUGCACCUUAUCUAGAAGUCCUUAUGUGCGGGAUAAGUGGAAUGGUAUACGGUCAGACGGGUCUAUUAAUUGAACGUGGUUUCGCCACGUUCUCCAAGUGUUACGGUAGCAAAAAACGACUAAUUAUCGGAGCAAUUAUCUCAUUUAUUGUGAUGAUUUGUAGUCUAUCCACUGGUCGGUUACUGUUAUGGGAUGAUCCAUUAAAUGGACAUGUAAUCGGAUGCUUCGCGUUUCCGAAGAAUAGUUCCGUCAGGUCCGGUUAUUAUUUCCUGGUUUGUACUGUGUUGACGUUGCUCAAUUUGAUUGUUUCAAUAUGGAUUAUGCGAUAUAAUAAGCGGUGUGAAUAUGAAACCCGUUUCAAAGUUGGCGCGCGUUUCCAAAAACGAGAAGUCAUCGAGUCGACGGGAGCCAUUUGCUUCCUAACAUUAUCCCAAUUCAUCUUUAUGUUUCUCUACUCCUUCGGAAUCUACACUCUGAAAUUUAUCCGAGAUUCAAUACACCCGCAGACAUUCUAUUUCUGGAUUGUUUGGUGUUAUACGAUGCCAUUCAUUGCUCUGAUGUUCCCCGUGCUUUUGAUCUACCUGAUAAGAAGGACACGGGCUCGGCGAGCACUGAAAAUUGUGGGAAUCACGAAUAGAAAGCAGACGCAGGAUGAUCAUAUUACUGAGAUGAAAUCUAUGUGGACUUGA